GUCUGGUCGAUCAAGGGCCGACUCUAUCAACCGAUGACAGUCUCUCUCCUAUUUAUUUGCUUAUAAACCUGUUACAAUAAAUGAUCAUUCGAACCGCGUCACGCGCACCUUUAACGACGAAGGCGCAAACCACUUUUUGAUGAAUGACUUUCUGGAGCAGAGAGGAUGUGCGGGUCAUUUUGAGCAGUCAUUCGUUGCCCACACUGGCAUUCCUCUGUUUUUAGCUUCCAGCUCAUAAAGGUGUUAUAUUAUUUAGAGGCGGCAGCUGAGCUGAAUGCGGAUUAGAUCCGCCACCAGUCAUCGGAGCACCAGCCCUGGGACUUUGGAUUUUUUCUGCACGACUUCAUGAUGGAGAGGAUAAGAAAAGAAAUGAUUCUGAUGGAAAGGGGACUACACAGUCCAGUGGCAGGAAAGAGGCUCUCUGACUCGGCCGGGAACGCGGUGCUUGAGGCCCUGGAAAAUUCUCAGCACGCAGGUCGACUCAGUCCGAGAAUAACUUCAGCCUCGCUGCACGGUAAUCUCGGGGAUAUUCCCACCAAAGGCAAAUUCGAAAUCGACAGCUUAUUCGGAAACCACCACAGCGACAAUACCUCCUCCACAGAGGUUUCAUCCUCCGAAAACAGGAAGAAAAUAAACCUGUACCCUGAAGUUUCUCCUGACUCCGAUAUGAACAGCGAUGUGGAAGUGGGUUGCCCGUCUCAUCGCUCACCGAGCAGUCUCUGCCAACAGAAGGAAAACAAUAGCAAAGGUUUUUCCGACAGUAAUUCAGGAACUUCAAAUACAAGUUCAUCGUCUCUGUCGAAUAUGAACGGCUCCAUCAGUAACUCCAGCAGCUCGAACGCGGAUCAGGUGAGGAGAUACCGGACUGCGUUCACCCGAGAACAAAUUGGAAGACUGGAGAAAGAAUUUUACAGGGAAAACUACGUCUCAAGACCCAGGAGGUGUGAACUGGCCGCUGCAUUAAACUUACCCGAAACAACAAUAAAGGUGUGGUUUCAGAAUCGACGAAUGAAGGACAAGCGGCAGCGGCUCGCCAUGUCCUGGCCACAUCCCGCCGAUCCCAGCUUCUACACCUAUAUGAUGACGCACGCGGCCGCCACCGGAAGUCUGCCUUACCCUUUUCAUUCCCACAUGCCACUACACUAUUACCCCCAUGUCGGUGUCACGGCAGCAGCUGCCGCGGCAGCCGCCUCAGGAGCCGCUUCUUCACCUUUUGCUACCUCUAUUCGUCCCCUUGAUACUUUCCGUGCGCUUUCUCAUCCAUAUUCGCGCCCAGAGCUGUUGUGUAGUUUCCGGCAUCCAGGACUAUACCAGUCACCGGCAGGUUUGAACAGCUCGGCGGCGGCGGCAGCGGCGGCGGCGGCGGCCGCUGCAGCAGUCAGUGCGCCUUCAGCUACCGGGCCGUGCUCAUGUCUCAGCUGCCACAGCAGUCAGGCCGCCAGCGCACUCGGCUCCAGGAGCACCAGCUCUGAUUUCACCUGCACGGCGUCCGGCCAGAGGUCCGAGAGCGGAUUUUUGCCAUACUCGGCAGCAGUUCUCAGCAAAACCGCGGUGCCCUCACCGGACCAGAGAGAAGAAAGCGCGCUAAAUAGAUAGCUUAGUGCUGGCAUGCACCCCUUCAUUUGAAGCACAUGCAUUUAUUAUUAUUAUUUUUAAAUUGAGGGACAGCAUUUUCAUUCUAGUAAGGCCUGUUACGCCCAGAAUUAUAUUAAGAAAAAUAUUUAAAAUACACGAAAUCGAAGGCCUUUUAAAUAUGUUGCAACACACGGUAUUAAAACAGUGCGUUAUAGAAUGAGCUAAAAUUACAUUAUUAUUUUUCUUAUAUGAGUAGCUUUAUUAUUAUUGUAGUAAUAAUUUUAUUUGUCCUUAUUUAUUAUUAUUAUUAUUUAUUAAUUACAAUUGUAUGCAAAUAUUAUUUUCGAUUAGACUGGACCACAGUAAAGAGAAUAUACACUGGUUGUGCCACUUUAGCUUCGGUUAAAGGACCAGUGCUGUUAAAGUGCUGCUGCUUGAGGGAUACUCCCUGAUCUAGGAGUGUGGCGCAUAAAACCUGCACUACUGCUACAAUGUCAAUUCUGCUGUUAAUAAUGUGAAGAUUAUGACGAAAAUUGCCAAUCAUGUACCUUGAUGGACCUCCUUUGAAUGUGGAAAUGUAAGAAAGUUCCCGUUCUGAGACUCGCUGUCAAAGCAUAACAACCCGCUGUGGGAAGUCAUUAGACAAGAUAGAUAAAAGACCUUGAGCAUUUCGCAUUGUUCUUGGUGUGUAGAUUGUACAGUAUUAAACGUGGUAUUCGUUACCUGAGAAUUUUUUUUUUAUUAUUUAAAAAAAAAGAAAAGAAAGAAAAAAAAAUCCCCUUUCCACCGAGUCCUAUUUCCAAUCUUGUUUUUGGGACCUUGGUGGGCCUGGGUAGAGUUUCUCUCAGAGAUGUUCCGCUGACGCGAGCAGUCUCAUUAAAUCCAAACCGAUAUUUCCAUAAUACUCUCAGUAGAGACUCUUCACUCACAAUAUAAUGGGAUUAUCCACACAACCCCAAACUUCAGACAAAUUGCUCAUGCAUUUCUGUCUGCAUACAUUUUUUUUCCACGGAAGGCGGAAUUCUGCCUUACAUAAAACCACAUUUUAAAAAUAGCAAACUAGCACUUGUACAGAUCAAAUGGUGAGAUAUUUUGUCAUAAUGCAUAAUCACUUUUAAAUUGUAUUAAACUAAAAUUCUGACCUUCAUUCGAAAUUAUUAGCUUCAUAGAUUUUACCCUCUUUAUUUUUAUUUUUUAAUCAUUUAUUUUUUAAUUCAGUGACUGGCUGGAUAUUUAUUUAAUUUUAGGAAUACACCAUUGUUUUAGGUCCUAAAUCUGACAUUAAUUCGCCAGACUAGAACGAUUAAAAAUAAAUAAACAUUAGGCCUGAAAUUAUGUUGAAAUCACUCAUUGUAUAUAAAGUACAUUACGUUGCUGUUUUCAUUUCAAAUGGAAAAAGAAAACAAACUGAUUUUUUUUAAUUAUUUAUUAUUCUUUUAUUACUGAGUUUUUGCGCGGGGCUGGCUGCCGUCUGUUCAAUAAAGGACAAUACUAAAAUCCCAGUGUUUUGCUCCUCUCCCAAGGGUUGCCGUGAUACACGACUCUGUACAUUACGUCUCUGUAUUUUACAUAUUGCCGACUUUAUGAAUUUUCAUAUUUUCACUUGAGAAAAAUGUGCAAUAUAGAAAUGUAUAUUAUGUUAUUUAUUGAUGGUGUUGUUCUUGGAAAAUAAAUAUUUAAA